AUGCCGGUGUCAACGCGAUCUAAAAUCACUUCCCAAAAUGAAGGAAAUCUAACAAUGGAGCAGCAACAGAGACUCAGAAACCCUCACCAUGGCCUCAAAGAGAAACUCAAAACCCUCACUCUGUUAUACGAGCAGCAAAAGCUAGCUUCCAAGUCUCUCAGAAGCAGCAACACUGCCAUGCGAGAGAGAAACUCGAUCACAAACCCUAACUCAACGAUUACCAAAACCUUCGUUUUACCUCAACCACCUUCUUCCACAGUCAACAACAGUAUCGAUGAUGAUGCUAAAGAAAAUCAUAAUAUCAUUGUUGGACAAGAUCGAAUCGUUGGAUUUUCAUAUCCAAGAAAGGUUUCAACUACAACAAAUGCAGCAGCUCCGGUUGACGCUGUUGCUCGGAGACUUUCGAUGCCGGCUCCGAUGAAAGGGAAAGAGGAAGAGUUAGAGAAAUGUGUGAGUAGGAUUUUGGUGUUUGUUAGGGUUAGACCAAUGAACAAGAAGGAAGUUGAAUUGAGUUCGAGGUGCUGUGUGAGAAUCGUUAAUCGUCGCGAUGUUUAUCUAACUGAGUCUGCAAAUGAGAAUGACUAUCUCAGACUCAAUAGGGUUAAGGGGCGUCACUUUGCAUUUGAUGGAUCUUUUACUGAUUCCGCGACUCAGCUACAAGUGUAUUCCACCACAACUUCGGAACUUGUGGAAGCGGUUCUGCAGGGGAGGAAUGGAUCAGUUUUCUGUUAUGGUGCUACAGGAGCUGGAAAAACAUAUACAAUGCUCGGCACUGUGGAGAAUCCAGGGGUGAUGGUUUUGGCUAUUAAGGAUUUAUUCAGUAAAAUCAGGCAGAGAAGUUGUGAUGGAAGCCAUGUGGUUCAUCUCUCCUAUCUGGAGGUUUACAAUGAAACUGUCAGAGAUUUGCUUUGCCCUGGAAGGCCAUUAGUCCUUAGAGAAGAUAAACAGGGGAUUGUGGCGGCGGGUCUUACACAAUAUAGAGCUUCUUCUGCAGAUGAGGUGAUGGUAUUGCUUCAACAAGGAAAUCGGAACCGAACCACAGAACCAACUCGUGCAAAUGAAACGUCUUCGCGGUCCCAUGCAAUUUUGCAGGUUGUGGUUGAAUACCGAGUUAGAGAUGUCGCGACAACGAAUAUUGUUAAUCGAGUGGGUAAGCUCUCGUUAAUUGAUCUUGCAGGGUCAGAAAGAGCUCUUGCCACGGAUCAAAGAACACUACGAUCUCUUGAGGGUGCCAACAUAAACCGUUCUCUUCUUGCACUCAGCAGCUGCAUCAAUGCUCUUGUAGAGGGCAAGAAACACAUACCGUAUCGAAAUUCAAAGCUUACUCAACUUCUCAAGGAUUCAUUAGGAGGAAUUUGCAACACUGUCAUGAUUGCAAACAUUAGCCCAAGUAGUCUCUCAUUUGGUGAAACUCAAAAUACCGUUCACUGGGCCGAUAGAGCCAAAGAGAUUCGGCUAAAGGUAAGCGAGACUAAUGAGGAUCAAUUGCAAAUACACGAGACAGACACUGACCAGGCCAAACUGAUACAUGGGCUGCAAAAGGAGAAUCAUGAAAUAAGAAUGCAGCUAGCACAGCAACAACAAAAGCUCUCGACUCUAGAAGCACAGUCCUUAGCUUCACAUUCCUCUACACCACCACCACCACCACCACAUUCAGCUCAACCAAGUGAAAAACGAAGGACUAGAUCCUCUUUCUUGGCUGGAACUUGUUUCACUCCGGAAACCAAGAAGAAAGGAGUUGAGCUAGCUGUGAGGACACUACAACGGACAGUGAAAGCACUAGAGGCUGAGAUAGAGAGAAUGAAGAAAGAUCAUACCUUGCAGCUAAAGCAGAAAGAUGAUCUCAUCCGCGAGCUUUCUCAAAAGUGUGAAAAACAAGCAUCAACAACAAGAGAAGUAGGGAAGAGAGUGGUAACUAGGGCUGCUAGCCUACCGGUAAAGGAGCCAAACAAUGUUGAAUUGAAGAGUCAUCGUCUUCGAUCACCAGCUCCAACUGCUAAGAAGCGAAGCUUUUGGGACAUCACCACAAAUAAUAGCCCAUCAGUUACUACAUCAAAUGGGAGAAAAACUAGAAGUCAUGUUCUUUCAGAACCCACAGCACCUCAUCGAUCCAUGCUUCUUCAGCCUGGUUUUGCUCGUCAAAAAGUCAAUAGUUAG